ACCUAAUAACAAUAUAAUUUAUUAUUUAUCUAGACAGCUAGACAUACAGAUAAUCGACGUGGUGUGCUAAUCUCAUUGUGCACUAACGUCAUGAACAUCUCCAUACACGUUUUUUACUCUUCGGCAAAACACUAAAAUUUAUUUGCGUAUUUACACCUACACAAUCGAUUGUACUGCGGAUGAGAUUAAAAUAAUCUAUUGCAGAUCUUCAGCGGGUAGUAGUUUUAAAAACAAUAUGUAUUUCAUUGGAGUGGACGUCGGGACGGGAAGUGCUCGAGCGGCAUUAGUAGACAAUGCUGGUAGAAUUUUAAAAAAAUCUACCAACGUUAUUCAAACGUGGAAUCCCGAAGAAAAUUUUUAUCAACAAUCAUCCGAAGACAUAUGGCGUAGUUGUUGUAAAGUUGUGAGGGAAGUCACUGAAGGAGUAUCAUCCGAGGCGAUCAAAGGUAUCGGAUUUGAUGCUACGUGUUCUCUAGUAGUCGUGGACAAUGAUGGACUACCAUUAUCAGUUAGCAAAAACGGUGAACGAGAACAAAAUGUAAUACUAUGGAUGGACCAUAGAGCCAAGAAAGAGGCGGAUUUCAUUAACAGAACAAAUCAUCGAGUGUUGAAGUAUGUGGGAGGUAAAAUAUCGUUAGAAAUGGAGACGCCGAAAAUCCUUUGGCUAAAAAAUAAUCUACCGAAAAACUCAUUUUGGAAAAAAGUGGGAAAAUUCUUCGACUUGCCUGACUUCCUUACUUGGAAAGCCACGAAUUCUGUCUCCAGAUCACUGUGUACGGUAGUUUGCAAAUGGACGUACUGUGCAGAUCAAGCGGUAUGCGGUUUUUGGGAUCGUUCGUAUUUCGAAGAAAUUGGUUUGAAUGACUUGAGCCAAAACAAUUGGUCAGCAAUAGGCAACGAAAUAUUUGAGCCCGGACGACCUUGCGGCAACGGACUGACAGAAAACGCAGCCCGAGAAAUGGGAUUAGCUGUUGGGACUCCAGUGGCCACAUCAUUAAUUGACGCACACGCCGGAGGACUGGGAAUGAUCGGGGUUGGGUUAAAAAAUCCAACGGAGUUUAAGCAUCGAUUAGUGAUGAUUGGAGGUACGUCGACUUGUCACAUGCUGCUCAGCGACCAAGAAGUGUUUGUGGACGGCGUAUGGGGACCGUACUACGGUGCCAUGUUACCCGGUCUAUGGCUUCUGGAAGGCGGCCAAUCAGCCACGGGCAAACUGAUAGAUCAUGUGAUCAACACUCAUCCGGCCGCUAAACAUUUGAACGUUACGGAUGGUGUAAGAGCAGAAGAUUGCCUGAACGAAUUACUUAUGAAAAUGGCCAAGGACAGAGGUUUGGAUGCAAUCGAUAGGCUGACUGAAGAUUUUCACGUGUAUCCUGACUUUCAUGGCAAUCGAUCGCCUGUGGCAGAUCCCACACUAAAAGGAACGAUAGUUGGAUUGACGUUAUCGGUAGACCAAGAAAACUUAGCACUUAUUUAUUUGGCAACAAUACAGGCACUUUGUUAUGGCACCAAGCACAUCAUAGGCUCUAUGGAGGAGAAAAGCGGAGGAUCAUUAAACGUCCAAGAAAUUCUCAUGUGCGGUGGACUCAGUCAAAAUUUGGUGUUUUUGCAGUGCCAAGCUAAUGUCACCGCGCUACCAGUACGUACUUCUACGGAAGACGACCCUGUCCUGAUCGGUUCAGCCAUGUUGGCUGCUGCCGCAUCAUCGUCGUCUAAAUCAUCAGCUGAACUCCAUCCAUGCUCAUCAUCACUCAGAGACGCCAUAGCAUUAAUGGCCAGCGACGCGCGCACCAUACACCCUUCAUUAGAUUUGCAAGAAUAUCAUAAAAGAAAAUAUUCUGUUUAUUUGGAAAUGCUUAAACAUCAGAAAAUGUACAAGUACAUUAUGUCAAGAAAUCCAUGAAAAUAAGUAUAUUUUAAGUAAAAUAAUAAAAUAAUAAGUAAAGAAAACAUUUUAUAAUCACACAUUUGUUUAAAAAUAAAUAAAUGUUUGUUUAGUAUUUUAAAAAAAUCAAAAUAAAACACUGAAUAAAAUACAA